AAACAAAAACAGGAUUAUUAAGACUUACUAACGAAGGGUCACUUUAUUAUGAAAUGCUUGAUGAAACAAAUAAAACCUACUUUUUCGACAUCUUAUUAUAUCAAUUGGCUCAAUCAAUACCAAUCCCUCAAAGUAGACUUAUAAGAACUAAUGAAAAGGUCCAAACUGAUUAUACAGCACGAACAUAUCAAAUAUUAUUUGAGAUUAGCAUUUUAAAAACCUAUAAUUUAUCAGAAAAAAGUUCUGAAAGUAUUUUAAAUGAUUUGGACGUGUUAAUAAAAAAUAAAUAUAUUACUCCAAUAAAUCAAAAUAAUUUCACAAAAUUUUUAGAUGAAUUAUAUGGAAUUAAAGAACAAGCUAGUUUAUUAGAUCAAUUAAAAUUACCGUUAAUACUUUUUGCUAUAUUAUUUUGUUUGAUUGCAGCAAUUAUUUUAUAUUCAUAUAUAAAACGUAAAAAAGGCAAUAAAUUUGCUAUCAUUACUCCUAUAAUCAUUAUUGUCGACUUUAUUGCAGACAUUACUUUUAUAAAACAGUUAUACGAUAUGAACCUGAAAAUAACUGUUAAUCUUUU